AUGGGCGGGCUGCCGGGACAUGCUCACUGGGAGAGCUCCGCGGCUACCGCACAUGCUCACUGGCCGCGGAGGGCACCGCCGGAGCUAGGGGUUCGGUUCUCUAGCGGAGCAGCCACGCUUUCGCUCCGCGCGGGCCGCGACAUGCCCCGCCGCCGGUUCCCCGGUCGCCAUCGGUCCUAAUCGCGAGGAAAAGGGGAGGCCGCGGCUGAGCGUCUGUCGACUGAAGGUUUCUCUGAAGCUUAAUCUUCAAGAUGAAGCUCUUAGUAGCAGUUUUCUUUUUCGUCUCAUUCUCCUUAUGGGUUGAAGAAGUCUGUUCCAAAGAGAAGUCUUCAAAGAAAGGAAAGGGGAAAAAGAAGCAAUACCUAUGUCCAUCCCAGCAAUCAGCUGAAGACCUUGCAAGAGUACCUGCUAAUUCUACCAGCAAUAUCUUGAAUAGGCUAUUGCUCAGUUAUGAUCCCAGGAUAAGGCCUAAUUUCAAAGGAAUUCCAGUCGAUGUUGCAGUCAACAUCUUCAUUAACAGCUUUGGGUCAAUUCAAGAAACAACUAUGGAUUAUAGAGUCAACAUCUUUCUAAGACAGAAGUGGAAUGACCCCAGACUCAAACUUCCCAAUGAUUGGAGAGGUUCAGAUACACUGACAGUGGAUCCAACUAUGUUUAAAUGCCUCUGGAAGCCAGACUUAUUCUUUGCAAAUGAAAAGAAUGCUAACUUCCAUGAUGUCACACAAGAAAAUAUCCUUCUUUUUAUAUUUCGGGAUGGAGAUGUCCUAGUCAGCAUGAGAUUGUCUAUUACUCUAUCAUGCCCUUUGGACUUGACCUUGUUUCCUAUGGAUACACAGCGCUGCAAGAUGCAAUUGGAAAGCUUUGGUUACACAACUGAUGACUUACGGUUUAUCUGGCAGUCUGGAGAUCCUGUACAGCUAGAGAAAAUUGCUCUGCCUCAAUUCGAUAUUAAAAAGGAGGAUAUUGAAUAUGGUAACUGUACCAAGUACUAUAAAGGCACAGGUUAUUACACUUGUGUAGAAGUAAUCUUCACUUUAAGAAGACAAGUUGGAUUUUACAUGAUGGGUGUUUAUGCUCCUACACUGCUAAUUGUUGUUCUGUCCUGGCUGUCAUUUUGGAUCAAUCCUGAUGCAAGUGCUGCAAGAGUCCCACUGGGUAUUUUCUCAGUGCUCAGCUUGGCAUCUGAAUGUACCACUCUUGCUGCUGAACUUCCCAAAGUGUCUUAUGUGAAGGCCUUAGAUGUCUGGCUGAUUGUUUGCCUUCUCUUUGGGUUUGCAUCCCUGGUGGAGUAUGCUGUGGUUCAGGUAAUGCUAAACAAUCCAAAGAGAAUUGAAGCUGAAAAAGCAAAGAUUGCCAAGGCAGAGCAAGCGGAAGGGAAGGGUGGAAAUACAGCCAAGAAGAACACUGUGAAUGGUACAGGGACUCCUGUCCACAUCAGCACUUUACAGGUUGGUGAGACCAGAUGCAAAAAAGUUUGCACUUCGAAAUCUGAUCUGAGAUCCAAUGAUUUCAGCAUUGUUGGAAGCUUGCCAAGGGAUUUUGAAUUGUCGAAUUAUGACUGUUACGGGAAGCCCAUUGAAGUCAACAAUGGGCUCGGGAAAUCUCAAGCCAAGAACAACAAGAAGCCUCCUCCUCCCAAACCUGUCAUUCCAUCGGCAGCAAAGAGAAUUGAUCUUUAUGCAAGAGCACUGUUCCCUUUUUGCUUCUUGUUCUUCAACGUCAUAUACUGGUCCAUAUAUUUAUGAUAAAUCUUUAUUUUUUCAUAUGUGUAAAAUAUAUCCCAUUUCAUUACCCCUUCCCAGUCAUGGAGGCCACUGCGUGAAAUAAUUUGCAUUUUCAAAGCAAUAUGUUGCAUCUUGAUGCCAUGCGAUUGUACUGAACAUAUGGCAUCUGAAAUUUGAAUGAAAGCAUGACACUGCAAUGUCUGUGCUCCGACCAACGUUGUAUAUAAAUGUACAGCAUACAUCCUGCUUUAGGAAUAUAUAUGAAGGACAACGCAUACUGCAUUAUAAUGCUGAAUAAUGCUCUUCAGUUAUUAGUAACAUACAAAGAUUUAAAGUGUUUCUGAAAAUGAAACUGAUGUGCACGUUGAGUAUUACUAAAAUCAGUAUUCUAGUAUAUGUAGUAUUUAACAGCUUUUUUGCUGACUUCCAGAGGGAAACAAAAAAAAAAUCCUGUUCUUGUAUAAUUUUAGAAGGCACUGUUGAAGGAAAAGCUAAAAUGUAAUUCAUAUUAUUUAGGCUUUGUAAGUGAAGGCAGCAUUGAAUAAGCUGAUCUUGUCUAUGUGGAAAAAUAAAGGUCAGAGAAUUACUAAUUUUGUAAAAUCAGCUCAUUUAGGGGUAAAAAGGAAAAGACAAUUGUAUCCAUCACGCAGGCACACUUAAGUGUGUGAGGAUAUGCUGACAAUAAAACAUUGGGCCAAAUCUUGACUUCUGUUUCCUUAGACACAAACUAGACACAAUAUGUUAAAACCAAACAGGCUACUUUCUAGACUAAAGGUAUUAGGAGUUUUGGACAAACAUCACAACAUGAAGUUCAGCAUCAGGUUAUGUUACCCUUUUCUACAAUACUCUGGCCUCUGGCUCGUCUUCUGUAGUGCCUGGCAAGCCUGCAAUAUAUGUCACCAUUUUUUUAUUGUUGUGUUGGAUACAUCUUACUUGAUUUGUUUUGUUUAUCCCUUUGAAAGUUUUCAGUUUAAACAAAUCAGUUGUUGUCAAGAUUAAAUCUCAUUUUUACCAUUAUUUAUAUGUUUUUUGUUUGCCUGUUGUAGCACAGAUAACCAAAACAAACACCUAGCCAGCAGAAGUGAAGAUGUGUCCAGAUGUCUAAGGGUCUGAGACUCAAAUAUAUUAUGAGCCCCUGUAUCUAUGUGUUAAUUGGUGGCUGGCCUCACCAACUCAUUGAUUUGGCUGCUACUUUUUGAACGAUACGGUCCUAUGCGUGAAACAAUCCUGAUAGGAGACUGCUUUCCAUUUUCCAGAGGAAACCCUAUGAUGUGGAGACUACCUAAACUUGAUCUCCCAGGGGUGUGUAAGGCAGGACCUGGGGUGUCCUGUGGGUGCCAGGGUGCGUGCCUUUGUAAAGGGAGUCAUGAGGUGAAAUGCAGCCAAAAGAAAGUUACUUGUAUGUGGACAUCCGAGCAGUGUGUAUUCACCGGGAAAGGACUGGGCCUCAACCCUUGAAAGCGUGCCAUAGGAAAAUACGUCUCCACUUGUUAAGCUGAGGCACCACAGUUACUUAAAAUCUGAAAAUAAGACAGCAUUUCAUAAUAGGAAAUAUGAAUUAUUGGCUCCUCAUAGGCUAGGAAAGGAUUGACUGAAAUGUGUGAAACCUUCUAUAGCACAAUCCCUUAUAUAGUGGGAUUGUGUUUUACAUAGACACAAUCCACUUGUGCUGCAUUUCUGGCUCAUCCAGGAUGUGUUGAGCCAAUACAGGGCACAAGUGGACUGUUGCAUCAUUUGGAUAUUGCCCACCAUGUGAAUGCUGUCUACAAAUGGUGAGCCUGCACAACCAGAAGGUCAGAACUGAAACUGUCAAAAGAGGGAAGCGCACUAUGCUUGCUUCACUGGGCAUCUGGAGGAUCUGCAUGUGCCCAGGGUUUUCUUCUAAUCUCUGCCACCUUGUGAUCAACAGCCUGGCUGCAAUGAUUCUUGUUUGGGUUGAAGAGAUUCGCUCUUGGAAUUAUGGUCACAUGCUUUCCAGCAGCCUCCCGGCCACUUUCUCAUGGAGAUUUUAGGGAGUCACUUUACAAGGUGGCCACAAUUUGUUCUUUGGGUUUCUUUCUGAUCCGAGGAAAUGGAAAGGAAAUCCCAGAUGUUACUGAGCCAUGUUGCACAAGGCGGGGGGGAGUGAUAUCUUUGCUGUUUAGUUCAAAGUUUCAAUGUUUCUGUUGAAGAUGACUUGUAAGAGACUGUAAGAAGCAAUAAUGCUAAGUCACGGAGAUGAAGAAAGGGGAGGGUAAUUUUUAUACAUACAAUCAGAGUGCUAUAUUUAUAGACAUUAUUUAUUCUCAUACUUGUAUUUUUUCUUACGAUACUGGAAGGCAAGAAAAUAAUUACCCUGUGCUGGAAACUAUAUGAAUUUUGGAAGAUAAUUUUCUUGUUAGAACUCUUAUUAAAUGGUUUAUCUGUAAUUAAUGUUCACAUUCUAUCUGUAUAAUCGCAAUUAUAGAUUUUAUUGUUAAAUUAA